GUAUUUUGGGAGUUAAGUUUACUUGCUAUAGGGCAGCAAAAUUCAGCUGAGCUAAGUCUUAGAAGUCUGGUUUCGUCUAACGGUUGCAGGAUCCAUGCGGCACAUCCCCAGCCAAAAAUUUCUAAGGUUCAGUUCAGACGCCGAACUUUAAAUCAGUGCGCCAACUUGGGCAAUGAUGGGAUCUUACAUCUUUUGUAAACAAGGCCAACUACGCGUUAUGAAAAUCAAAAGUUUAUUUUGGUUGGUUUCCAUGGUGAAUAAUAAGUUCCAAACAAAAGGCGAUCUUUGAAACCUAAGUUAAACGCAUUACUGUAAGGAAUCGAGCACAAUGUAAAUCUGUUUUGUGUCAUGCGCAAUUGUGUCUUGCUAAAAACCAGUGUCUGAUUGACCAAUGAAAAGUCUUAUUUUGAAUGGUUUCUAUAGAGACAAAUUGCAUUGUUCUUUGGAGUGAAGCUGAUUACUAAUUACUAAUUAAUUUAUCAAAUGGUUUGUUAUUUGGUUGGUAUAAAAUCUAAUUACAUUACUAACUGGUAGGGUGAACUUAACCAAUUAUAUGUCCUGUUUUUGCCUCGUUUCCAUAGCGAACAAAACAUUACAAUCAGCUGAAUCCAGUGGCGAGGAAGAUAUUCCGUACUUUGCAUGGAAUUAAACCAAUAAAAUGCUAUGUUUUGUUGAGUUUCUAUAGAAAAUAAUUACUUAAACAAUAAAUAGAUUGUCUUUAUUUUCUUACAGUCCUGGCCGAUAUACUUAUUACACUUACAUUUUAAUCAAACAUCUCCUGACCGACAGAACUGAGAGCGCGAUGGAGCAAAGUCAAGGUACUGCUGCUGUAGUUUAAAAAUGCUGAUAUUUUUUUCAGUUCCUUCUUAUAUUCCUCGCUUAACGCUUAAGUAUAUCCAAACGGAACAACGCAUUCCAUCACACUGAAAUUUAAAGAAAAUAUUAUAAUAUAUACGUUGAACGGCGAUUUUGCGUCCCAGAAAAAAAACCGAAGUUCAAAUGUCAUUUCAAAUACAUAAUGUACGCUCCAGGAGUUCUUUUAAAUUGGUUCAAAUGGUGCAUAGCUUGCAACACACACAAAAAAAUACGUUUUUCUUUUGAAGAAAAUAUCGAAGUUUUUUGCUUUAAUAGAAUAGUGAGAUAACGUUUAAAAAAUCAACAUUUGGACAUCCAGUGAGACACAGUGGAGACAUUGGGCUUUCUCGUGUUUGACGUCUUGAAAAGCAGAACAUGACUUAAAAGUUUUUUAAAAGAGACCUUUCCUGAACAUUACUAGAUGUCUCUCCAGUUUGUUUGAAAAUAAAGAUUUUUUUUUGUGAUUUAGUAACACUAGCAGGGGACGCAACUAAACCCUUCUCAAAUCGCUUUUUCGUCAGUAUCCACUGUGCCAUCCCUCUCUAGAGUAGAAAAUUACUUGGUUGUUUCUUUUUAUCGUUUUCUUUGAAAUGUGGUCGCUAACUGUGGAGCUGUUUUUUUUCUUCAGAAAUUCAACAACAGUACCCGCCUCCUUCAAGAUCCAUGGGAUGGCGGCUUCCCCAACCAGUGUCGUGCUAUAUUCCACAAGUACGAUGGUAAAAUUGUUUAACUGGAGUAAUAGACAAUUCUAGGUAGAAACAAAAAUUAAAAGAGAUAUUUUCUCUUUUAGGACUUACAGCGUUCCAUUUCUUCAUGCAAAUACACCUAACAGUGGAAAACAAGUAACUUUGCUAGAGAAAGCUCGCCGCUUACGGCCCCAAUGCCACAUCUGCUUCAAGACUUUCUCCAAAUCUGGAGCAUUGAAGGUACGUACUUUAAAUAGUUGUGUCCUUGUUUUUAACAUUUAUAUAAGUGCCGUUACAACCAAGCACUAGGUUUUCUCAAGGACACCUAGGGACCCGCAGACAGGGAGUGUGAGGCAAGGGGGGAGGGGAGGGGAUAGUUUUUGGCCUCUUCUGCUGCAUGAUGCCAAACAGUAGGAGCGUAUAUUUUGCUCGUUGGAAGAAAGCCUCACUCCCCCGACUGCUAUAAACCCCGACACCCGCCCCGCUAGGUACAUAUCCAAGAUGGCCGCCCUUACCGGUAGGCGAUCGAUCUUAACAAUCGUACAAAAACAUAGGGGACUGUGUCUACCCCAGUGUUUUUAUGCAGAGAUUGCUGAUUUGAUACAAGUUACUGUUUUCUUUGUCUUAAACAAGGUCAGAGUUUCGUACCCUCAGGGACCCCCCAAUAAAGUACAAAGAUGUAUUAUGUAUGUUUUUGUUUUCCAGGUGCACAUGCGAGUUCACAGUGGUGAAAAGCCGUUUCAGUGUCGUUUCUGUCCUAAAGCUUUCGCUCAAUCCGGGAACCUUAUUGCGCAUGAGCGGAUCCACACAGGAGAAAAGCCAUAUCAGUGUGAAAAGUGCGGGAAACGUUUCACCCAGUCCUCGGCGUACAAGAAUCACGUGUACAUACAUAUCAAACUAGGUUUGAACGAGGUCAAUGAGACUGAAAACCCGUCCAAUAAUUCCAAUCAAUUUGCUUAA